AUGCAGGAGCAGUUGAAGGAACGUAAGGAGGAGGAGCAGAAGGAGGAGGAGCAGAAGGAGGAGGAGCAGGAGGAGGUGGAGCAGAAGGAGCAGAAGGAGGAGGAGCAGGAGGAGGAGGCCGACGACGAGAAGGACGACGAGAAGGACGACGACGACGACGAGAUGGAGAAGGAGGAGCAGGAGGAGCAGAAGGAGGAGGAGCAGGAGGAGAAGCAGAAGAAGGAGGACGACGACGACGACGAGAAGAACGACGAGAUGGAGGACGACGACGAGGAGGACGACGACGCCGAGAAUGACGACAAGGGGGAGGAGGACGACAACGACGAGGAGGACGAUGACGUCAACGACGAGGCGGAAGAGGAAGAGGAAGAGCAGAAGCAGUUAAAGGAACAAGAGGAGGAGAAGGAGGAGUAG